AAAACAAUGGAACAAUGCUGGAAUAGAGCAUUACAAGAGUUAAACGGUAAUGGAGAAACUUUAGAAGGGUUGAUAAACGUGACAAAAGCGUGGUCAGUAGUUACGAGUUGGUUAGAUCCUAGACGCGCUGAAGUCAAAGAAAAAGAAGUACCCUCAGAAGUCAAAGAAUGUUUUGAAAUUCUUCGUCACACGCCAUUGGCUAGACGGAUAGUGGAAUGGUAUCUUGUUGCGGUGCGCCAGGAUAUCUCGGAAAGAUUUGAUGAAAGGUCAAAAAAAUGGCGCGAAGAGUGGAGACUACGCGACAACGACGGGCUCACUGAGAAUUCCGAAAAAGAACAAGAAUUAGAGAAUUGGAUUAACGCGUCAUACACGAAGAUUGUCCACGAUAUUUACUCACAUUAUAAAACAUGCGAAGAAUCGUUUUUGCUUAUGAAUGCGAGCGCAGACAUCAUGCAACAAUUCCGAAUUCAUUACCAUACCAAUAUUUAUUCAUUAUUGAGUGGCAAAUCUCAACCGUAUUCCGCUAUUCCAUCGUUAUUUAAAGAAAUGUCAAAAAUAUUUUAUCGCCAUCAUUUUCGCAAAUUUGAAUCCUUGUUAGACCCAGAUCAGUCCACUUCAGGCUUACUAUUUUAUCGAAUAAACAAGCAGCAAGGAGAAAAAUUAGAGCCAGAAUUGUUUGCAUGGAAGACGACAGAUGAUAUAAGUGCUAUAUUUGCUAAGCAAGAAAAUGAUUUUUACAAAGUUGAAGAAAAUUCUUUUUCAGCAAUGGAACUCGAUGAUAUGGAGGAAUUUAAUGUCAAAUCUAAUUUGCCGCAAGAAACCAUCAGCCCAAGUUUGAUUGAAGAGAUGGAUAAUCGAAUUAAAGAAUUUUCAAGGUUAUACGAAGAAAUGCACACUCUGGACUUGAUACAACGUACGAAAGAUAAAAUAGAAGAGAUGUUGUGCGAGCAGAUAGAACAGAGAAUUUCAUGCACAUGCAAGGGUAUUUUCAACAAGUCGGUGCUUCGACGCUCAUCAAAAUGGUUAUAUUCUGUCGUGUAUCCUUGGCUACAAGUUGUGAUUUCUUCCGAUGUACUUGUACAUUCAGUUUCCGAGGAUGAUUUGGUAACCUGGAUAAAACGAUUCAACUAUCAUUUUUGCAUGACAUUUUGUGACUCAAGGAUUUCGGAACUAUUUGACGUAAUUGUUGAUUUCCCCGAUUCUAAGAUUGCGAUUGACGAUUUAAUUUUGUGCAUGAAGAGAUUGGACUCGGAAUAUAGAAAUCGUCUUAUCAAGUCGUUGCAAAAAGCAUUUCGGAAAAGAUUACUCAUUCCUGGAGCUAGCACAAAUGACAUAAUUAACACCUACAUAUCAACCAUAAAGUGCUUAAGAUUAUUGGAUCCUUCUGGUGUAUUAUUAGAAAAAAUAACAGGCCCCAUUCGAAAAUAUUUACGAACUCGCUCGGACGCGACGCGAUGUUUGGUGACAUAUUGGAUGGACGAUGAAAGUAAUAACGAAUUAGUUGAGGAGCUGGGACGCACUGAUAAUUCAGUAGAGGACCAUAUUAACAACGAAAUAAAUUUGUCCGAUGAUAAUUGGGUGCCGGAUCCGAUGGAUGCUGGGCCUGAAUAUAAAUCGUCUAUUUAUCGAUCGGCGGAUAUUAUUAGUUUACUCGUAAGCCUAUUUGACGACAUUGAGCUUAUUACCAAUGAAAUCCAAAAUCAGAUGGCCACACUCUUGUUAUCUAAAGUAGAUUAUGACACUGGAAGAGAGCAAACUAAGCUCGAGUUAUUCAAGAUUCGAUUUGGAGAGUCAAAAAUGGCGCCCACUGAAGUAAUGGUUAAAGACAUUGUUGAUUCAAAAAGAAUGGAUGGCAAUAUAUACAAUGAAAUGACUAUCUUAAAAGCGGCCGGAUUUGAAAGCGGUGCGAAUGAGGCUAUUUUGCAUGGUUCAAUAAUUUCAAAGUUAUUUUGGCCACCUUUGAAAACAGAAGAAUUUGAUGUUCCUGAUCCCAUUCUAAGCCCAGAAGAAAACUGCAAUGGCUGUCGUCACCCGGGAAAGUUGUCAUCGAGUUGGAAUUGCAAGAUCGCAAUUUGGAAUUUGAAGUUUUACCUGUACAAGCGACCAUAA